AUGGAUACUUGGCGGAGAGGGUCCAUUAAGUCCACGACGUUCUUCAGACGUUUCUCACUCAGGAGACACAAAAAACUGGGCAACCAGGUCAUCAUCUUGAACCAGAACAGCGACGGGCAGUGCCAGAAGAGGGAAUGCUUGAGGGAUCUGAAGGACAAGUCCGAUUACCUGUCGUGUCAGAGCGAGCAAAACCUGGCCAAGGCACAAGCACCUCCCAAGCCUCCCCGGCUGUACCUGGACAGUUCCAGCUGCCCUAACAUCAUCGACCACACGGAUUCUCACUCCGACCUCUCCUUUUCUGGUGCUGCUCACCAAUACCACAAAGCCACUCAAACUCAGUUCCACAAGGACCAGGCUACAGACUGCGGGAGCUCAGAGGCGGGUUCCCAGAACGGCACCGCUCCUCCCGACCCCUCCGAUCCCUUCCUGUCCUUCAAAGUGGAUUUGGGGCUAUCGCUUCUCGAGGAUGUUCUGCAGACCCUCAGGAAACAGAACCCAAGGGAUUACGCCAUCUGA